CUUCUUUACCGAUUUGUUUUGAAAUGUGACAGUAUGCUAAUUUUCCAAUGCUGAUACUGGGUUAAAACACAAUCAGGAUGUCGAACUAUGUUGGACUAAACAAACUGGGUAAGUUAUUCACGUACAUCCGAGAAAAUGGUGGAAUCUUUGCGAGUUUGAGUAAAUUGUACAGAAUGGAUGAGAUGAAAACCGGCAGAUUGGUGGGACAGGACAAAUAUGGUAACAAGUAUUUUGAAGAUCCAUCGCAGUUCUAUGGCAGGAAUCGAUGGGUUGAAUAUGCACCCCAUUUUUACAUGGAAUACGAUGCUUCCCAGAUUCCGGCAGACUGGUACGGUUGGAUGCAUUACAAGUCGGAUCUUCCCCCAAACCGCGAUGGAUCGCGCGUUCAUUAUGCCUGGAUGACGGACCACAGCGCAAAUCUUUCUGGAACAAAAAAAGCUUACAUGCCCUAUUCGACAACUCGUCCAAAGGUUGAAGCUUGGGAUCCGAAAAAGCCGGCGGCCAAGCCUGAGUAAGUUUUUGUAUCAUGAGUUAAAUGAAUAAAAGUUCUAGGAAUAUUUACGAUUAAA